UCAGGACCCUCAAGGACUGUGCAAUGAUCUCUGGAUAUGGGAUAUUGAUGACGAGUUUGCUAAUUGCUAUUGAUACUUGCUUCAAUAUCUAUUUGAUGUUGCAGGCAAAUAAUCCAAAGAUUGUCAUGAAUUAUGCUGCAUCAUGUUUCUGCAACAAUAUACUGAUGCUCCUCUGCUACUACAGUGGUCAACGCAUUUCUAACCAGAAUGAAAUACUGCGUAGAUUUCUUGCAAAUCUUCCCUGGAUGGAUAAGCCGCAAUGGUUCAAGCAGAGUAUGCUUAUAAUGAUGGCCAGAGCCACUGUCGACAUUGAAAUCAAUCCUUAUGGAGUUUUUGUACUCAACCUCACCUCCUACAAAGAUUUGAUGAAAGCUGCUUUCUCAUUUGGAAAUAUUUUGUACAGGAGGAAGAAAAUGGACUAAUCUUGACAAAAAUUUGAAUAUUAUUGUAAUAAACAUAGUUUUUUUCAGUCAUAUGCCUGUCUUUGUUAUUUGCCUCAUUGAUUUCCUGUAUGCUAAAAUAGUCUUCCACAUAGGCCUAAUACACUGAAUGUAAAAUGAAUGAAUGUUUCUUUAAUAAUCACUUUAACAUUCACUAAAUGUUUUCUUUAGUA